AUGGCAAAUUCAAAAUUAAAAAAUCGUACAACUACCUCUACUAAAUCUACCGAGUCUUCACCUUUUACACCAGAUAGUGACCAAAUUAGCCUGAUCUUUUCAGCUAAAUAUACAUUCCCAGUCAAAAAAUCAAACAUAAAUUACAAAACGUUACCAACAUUCAUUGAUAAUACUUUGCGAUAUUUGAAUACAUUUAAUUAUCCUUAUGAAAUGUUUUAUGUUGAAGACGGAAAGGAGAUUGCGGUUAAAUCGAAAAAUUCGGAUCCGAUGAAGGUUUUGAAAGGACUUUGUGAAAGUGACAUGAAUAUUGAUAAAGUCUAUUUUAUUGCUGAUAAGGAGGUAUGA